AUGGCGCCGAUGGAAGACUUAAAGAGCAAACGCAAAGGACUGCGUGCCCGUUGCACGAGGGCUAUCAACCGCCUUAAAGAGAACAUCGAUAAGGACACGAUUUCGCUGCUGAGACUUGAGCGACUGGAUGCCCUUGCAGCGGACUUUAGACAGGCAUGUGACAUCAAUACUGAUAUGAUUUCGCUGGUGGAGGAAGAUUCGACGGAUGCUGAUGCAUUUGUUCAUUGGGAGGCGGAACUGAUUGAGGUGUAUUACAACUUUAUUGAUGAAGCCGCUGCCCAUCAAUCGAAGCUGGCCAAAGCUCGGCCACCUUCCCCCACAGCUUCUACUAGUGGGCCUGCAUCCGGUGCUGCUGUCAUCACGUCGCCCCCUGCUGGACUGGUUCCUGUGUCAUUGCCGCCAGUCACUGCUGUCAUCACGUCGCCCCCUGCUGGACUGGUUCCUGUGUCGCCGCCAAGCGGUACUACUGCUGCUGCUGCCACGACGGCCCCUCCUGGGCUGUUUUCCGCCUCGCUGCCGACUGUUCCUGCUACGUUGCCACCCGGCUUGUCCCCAGUGAUGACUGCUGCUGGUCCAUUGUCGCUGUCAAGUACACCGUCCAUUGGUGUACCGCUUGCCAGCCCGUCUUCGAUUCGGUCUGGUGUUCGACUCUCUGCCGGAGUCGCGUUGGAUCCAGAGCCCACCUUCGACCGGUGGAUCGAUGAACUGGUGGAGUUUCAAGAGAGGGUAUUGCCCGGUGGUGUCAGUGGUGAAUUGACUAUAGCGUCUGCCCUCUAUCGCAUAGAGGCGGGUAGAGACAUUCCUACAUUAAAGAUAAAAUCGUUCAGCGGUAAAGCGAUCGAUUAUGUAGACUUUAUCGAUAGCUUUAAACUACACAUUCAUGAGAAACCACAUCUCAAAGAUGAUGCCCGUCUUGCGCAAUUGAGAAUGCAUCUCUCUGGUGAUGCUGAACGUUUGAUAGCUGGUUUAGGAUGUGCAGGUGUGAUGUAUGCAACCGCGUUGAAACAACUUAAGGACCAAUUUGGGGCCCGCAGUGUAGUUGCUCGUGCCUUUAUUGAUAGAAUUGCAAGGGGUAAAAAGAUUGAUAAUUCUAGAGAUGCACUUCGUGAUUUCUCCAUUGAUGUUAUUAAUGUCAUCGCAGGUCUGCAGCGCCUCCAGUACUUCGCUGAUGUGAACGCCGUUGCAACUCUACGCCGCAUCGUCCAGCGUCUCCCUGAUUACCUCAUUGACAAGUGGCAGGACACAGCCGCCCAUAUUCGCGAGCGUGACCCUAUACGCGCGCCAUCAAUAACCGAUUUCCUACGCAAGAAAGUCAGGGCAAAGUGCGACCCAGACUUUGGGGAUCUCCGCUCCACUGACAAGGGUGUUGCUGGUAGUAAGUAUGAAAAGCAAGGUACCGGUAGUCGCUCCUUUGCUGCGCAGGCUGUCAAGUAUAAGUGUUACAUCUGCUCUGAGCCACACAAGGUGCCUGAGUGCCCCACAUUUGUCAGUAAUUCAGUCUCAGAACGUCACAAUCUUGUCAAGACACAUAAUCUGUGUUUUUCAUGUCUUGUCAGGGGUCAUCGAUCUAAAGACUGCAGGUCGAAGAGGAAAUGUGGGAAAGCUGGAUGCACUAGGUGGCAUCAUGUGAUGCUACAUGUUGACUCUCCACCUCCGAUUGUCCAGUCUGCUCCUUUUUCAGGUUCUGCCACAGCGGCUAUUGACAAAAAUGGUAUUCUGCCUGUAGUUAGGGUGUUGUUUAGGGCUGAGAAUGGUAGGAUCAGGCAGGGGAAUGUCUUGGUUGAUUCAGGGUCAACGACCAACAUUAUCCGGAGGGAUUUUGCAAGAGGUUUGGGCCUCCAGGGCAAGAACGAGCCCAUUGAAGUUCAAGUUGUUGGUGGGUCACAGCAGGGCCAGCAGGAUAGUCGUAGACUAAAGUUCUGGAUUUCCCAUUUGGAUGGAGGGGAGGAGCACUUAGUUGAGGCUCAUGAGAUGGAUUGCACAGUAUCUGAGGUCUCACCUUUGAACAUGGAAUAUUUGCAUUCAUUUUCUCAUCUCAGGGAUUUGAACAUCUCCCACCCUGGUGGUCCAGUCGACCUAAUAUUGGGGGUUCAGUACAGUCAUCUCCACUCAGAGGAAGAGGUCAGGCGUGGAUUGGAUUUUGAGCCCAUAGCCAAGCGCAUCCCACUGGGUUGGUAUGUAAUCGGUUCUGAGGGGAAGGCCCCUAAGCGGCUGUCUGUGAAUCUGGUUAGGAAGGUCGAUAUGUCUGACUUGUAUGAUCUGGAGGUGCUUGGGGUCAGAGCCCCAACUUGUCAAUGCCCUGUUGAUCCCAUGUCCUCAGAGGACAGGAAGUCUCUAGCGCUGUUGGAGAGAUCUGUGAGUCUGGAGGGGGACCGAUACAUGAUCGGUUUACCCUGGAAGAGAGAUCCCUGUCUCUUGCCUGACAAUUAUUGCCUGACCAAGAAGAGGCUAAUCUCUUUGGAAAGGAGUCUGUCUCGUACUCCAGAGAAGGCUUUGCUUUAUGAUGCCACCGUCCAGGAGUAUGUCGACAAGGGAUGGGCCGUAAGGGUUGACCCCUGUGAUCUUGAGAAGAGGCCUAGGUUUUAUCUGCCGCAUCAUGGCAUAUACCGUCCUGAUAAACUCAGCACACCCCUAAGAGUAGUCUUUGACCCAGCUUGUCAGUUCCAGGGUGUCUCCUUAAAUUCUUUUCUAUAUAAGGGCCCAAAUUUGAUUGGAAACUUGUUUGGAGUAUUGCUUAGGUUCAGGGAGGACUUAGUUGCUAUUGUGGGUGACAUCUCUAAAAUGUUCCUUCAGAUUUUGUUGAAGCCUGAGGAUACCGAGGUGCAUCGUUUUCUGUGGCGAAACCGGGAUGACACAAGAGACCCUGAAAUCUUCAAGCUGACCAGAGUUGCAUUUGGUGAUCGAUCAUCCCCUGACAUGGCGAGCCUAGUGAUGUUGAAGAUAGCUGAGCGCCACAAGACGUCUCAUCCGGAGGCUGCCCAGGUCCUAGAAGAAGAUCGAUACGUGGACGACCUGAUACAUUCCUGUGGAAAGACAGACGUUGCCCGAGGCAAGAUGAGUGAUCUUGAUGAAAUCCUAGCGACAGGGAGCUUCAGAGUCAAGGAGUGGUACAUUUCUCGUGGUAUCGGUAAACCUGAAGGUCAGCCAGCUAGUGUGCAUAGUGGUGAGUCUAUUAGUCUUGGAGGUAGCGGUAACGAUAGCGUCAAGACCCUUGGGGUCUCUUGGGAUCAUAGCACGGAUUUUAUCCAUUUCAAGGUGAAGGAUCCACCUGACUCGUCUUUGACUAAGAGGUCUGUAUUGUCUCAUCUGUCAACUCUCUUUGAUCCACUUGGUCUUGCUACCCCAGUCACAAUCACUGCCAAAAUUGCCAUGCAGGACAUUUGGAGACUCAAGGACUUUGGUUGGGACACUGGUCUGCCCCCCGACCAGGUUCAGCGAUGGAAUGAGAUUUUCUCCAGUUUCAAACAACUUGAGACAGUGUCUGUCCCUAGGUCAGUUAAACCAGACGACGCAUUUGGAAUUCCCCAACUUCAUGUUUUCGGGGAUGCCAGCAUUCAUGCAUAUGGAGCUGUUGCCUACAUGCUGUGGCCAACAGCUGAUGGUAUUAGCGUCCGCCUGUUCUCGUCUAAGGCUAGGGUGGCCCCACUCCACCAAACCACAAUUCCGCGCCUUGAGCUUGUAACAUUUUCGGCAAAUGUCGGGUUUCAAAAUUAUGUGUCCCUUAAACUAUCUUAUACAUAG